AUGCCUAAGAUCAAGAGUUAUACCCCAGCCUGGUUGUCGGCUCCCUCGCCCGGCUAUGACCUCUUUGUACCCAAUGCCAACGAAACCCAUGAUAUUUCAGCAUAUAUUUCCAAAACCGUCUCCAAAGAAGGUCCGCGACGAACAAUUGCCCGUCGUGGCACCGAAGUAUUCAUUGCUGUUGGAAAAGAAAUUAGAUGGGCAGAUCUGCUUUACCUAAAAGAACGAUGGGAAGAGAAACAAGCCAAGGCUCGAGGUGGUGUCCGCAUCAAACAUGAGGAUGGGGAUAACUUCGAUGAUGAUGGACUUAGAGAAUCCAUAGAGAGUGGGUGUGCUGAAGGUUUCCGAACCAUUACAACCUCUGUUGGUAGCGACAUCCAACAGCUUAUCAUCUCGCCGUAUGCGAACUUCAUGGCAGUUGUUACUACCCAUACCAUUCGUAUCAUCCUCCUACCCGACUCGUCCCACCUUACGGCGCCUGGCCUUGAUGCCAUAAAACCAAAAUCAUGGACCUUGGGCCCAACAACACAUGUUAUGAACCGUUCACCAAUUGCCUCGGCUAUAUGGCAUCCAUUAGGUGUUAACGGCUCUGCGUUGGUGACAGUUACAAAAGAUGCCGCUGUGAGAGUCUGGGAACUUUCCCAGAGAGACCGAUGGUCUUUCGAUUCUCCCUCCCUUACUAUUGAUUUACAGAAACUUGCGGACGGCACUUCGCUAGACCAGAAUUUCGCCGCCUCGCCAGAUGUUACGAAUAAGGGAUUCUCUCCGGAUUCUUUCGAGAUGGACGUAGCAGCAGCAUGUUUCGCUGGUAGAGGCUCUGGUGGUUGGUCACCGAUGACUCUCUGGAUUGCGAUGCGAGAGGGAGAUGUAUAUGCCUUGUGCCCCCUACUACCGACACAGUGGGCUCCUCCGCCUACGCUAAUUCCGUCGCUCUCUAUCUCGAUUGUUGGGAAUCUUGCAGCGGUCGAGGACGAUCCGAACAUGUCCGGACAAGCGAAGUUACUCGCUCAGCAACAGCUGGACUGGAUGUCGGACCUUGACAACCAAGAACCUAGAAUUAUCGAAGGACCCCCUGGAGAACCGCCUACGGAGAUCUAUACUCGGCCUACGCGACCUGGCGUGGUUCCUCGCUUACAAGGGCCCUUCGACCUCGAGCUAAGCCCAGAGAGUGAGGACGACUUAGACACAGAGCUGACGGAUAUUUUUGUCAUUGGACAAAAACUUGACACUGAUGAGUUAAUGAUGGGAGAAGAAGAUGAGCUAGAUAUGGAAGACGUCGAAGGGGAAGGCCUGUCACUCUCCGUCAUAUGCUUACUCUCAUCCAGCGGUCAGCUACGAGUAUGCUUAGAUUUGGAUGGUGUCCAAGCUCAGUGGCUCCCCCCUCGAAAUAAAUCGAAGGCUAUGGGGCGCCUAGCCGGAUCUCCGUCUCUACUAACAUUUCAGAGCAUGGAUAUUUUGAACUCUUUGGAAGUUACUGAGAAUGCCUGGCCAACGUUUAGUCCGGACGUUACUUCAAGGUAUUCUUUCUACAUCACCCACCCUUCUAGCAUUACACAUGUCUCUCUAUCUCCAUGGGUUUUCCGCUUGGAAAGCGAACUGCAAGGCGAUUCGCAAGCCGGGUCCGAGUUUAGAAUCGAUCUACUUGUCAAUGGGCAGAGCUCUACUAGAGAGCGGCUCUAUACAAGUACAAUCCAGGGCGAUACGCAGUUUCCCCUAACAGCUUCAGUUGCUAUUCGCGAUCCCGACCUUGGCUACUUAUUAUUGUCCGCAACGCCAUUCGACCCAAUUGCCUUGGUAUUUGAUACGCCAGAGGAUGACCUCGCUCCCAUCCGAUCCGCCUCACCUUCCUUUGACAAGGAUGCAGAGGUACAACCCCUGGAAUUCUACGAGCCUCGCCCUGUUUUCCAGCCAUCACACUCCUUCGACAUGGGUUCGGCGCUACCAAAACUACUAAACCAACUUCGUACUAGUCGUCAGAAAACAAUAGUCAACCAGGAAGUUCGACUCUCUCCAGCAACCCUACAAAUUUUCACGGAAGCGCAUCAGAUACUUAGCGAUGAAACUUAUAAACUCGGCGUAGCAGCUGCCGAGGUAUUCAGACGAUGCAUUCAGUUGCAGACGGAACUUAAGCAGCAGGUUGUUAAGGCUAAUGAAGUUAAGGCUAGGGUUGAGGCUGUCACCGGGGAGGAUCAAGAUGAAGACGAACCAGAAUCGAGCAAUGAUGCAAUGGAAAGGCGGAUACAAACCGCGAGGGAGAAGGGUGAAUCCCUCAGCCAAAGAUUGGAAAAGAUGCGAAAGCUAGUCAAUAAGGCGACCAGUCGGGAGUUGAGCGAUAAGGAGAAGGCCUGGGUCAACGAGGUCAAUGCCUUGGAUGCCAAUUUAUUCGGGUCUACAACGACAACCGGGCCAAACCGAGUAAAAAUGACUAAGAAGAGGUAUGAGGAGGUGAUGCGAUUAAGAGAGGAGCUCUUAGAGGAAGCAGAGAAGCUAGGCGCGUCGGUUGAGGAAGGAGAAGAGGGUUUGAGCGCGUCAACAACUGACUUACGCAUACCAUCGGAGCUCCGAAAGGCAAAGAUCAACCAAGUAAAAGGACUUAUCGAGCGUGAGACAGCCUUAGUAGAUGCUGUGAAAUCACGGCUUGAGCGACUAUCAGUAGGAUAG